AUGUCAAUGUCACAUAUCUCAGAAAUACAAGAUAAACACUUUGUAGACCGCAUUAAUCAAAUUUACUCUGAAGAGAUUGAUAUAAAUCAAUUUAUCAAGCACACUUAUAAUUUAUUAAAUGAUUUAAUCCAUCACUACAAAAUAGAAAACUUCUCUUUACAUUCUGUUAAUGUAUUAGGCAAAUUUAUAUCAUACAUUUUAACAACCUACCGUGGAUUAGAUGAUUUAAACAAAAAAUGCAUUGAAACAUUGAAACAAUUAUUUUCAAAUCACUUAUUUUCAAUUAAAUUAAAGAAUAGAUUAAUGUACAGGCUAGAAUUGAAUAUAGCCUCAAAUUUAUUGUAUAAACAGUCAAGAAUUGAUCAAUACACCUGGGAAUGUAUUUGUAUUUAUGUCAUUCAUUGUAAAAAUAUUUUCCCGCCAAUACGUAUUUUAAUAUUUCUUGGUAUAUGUACAAUUUCAAAUCCAGCGGAACACACUCGUUGUUUUAAUAAACUAAAUUAUUUAAUUAAAACAAUGUCAAUGUAUGGAGUAGAUUUUUUUGAAAUUGUUAUGACAAUUAAAUUACUUUUAGAUAAAUCAAACAGCUUACAUUCUAAGAUUAAAUUAUUUUGUUUAAAAAUUAUGAAAUUAAUAAAAUUGAAUAUGAAUAAAUUAGACUAUGAAAAUGCUUUAAGAUGUAUAAAACCAGGAAUGUUUUAUUCAUUGGACAUUGAUAACACUACGAAUGACCUUAAUACCAUUCCUACUAUAGAUAAUACUGUAAAUGAAUCGAUAAUAUUACCUGAGUCAUUGAAUGAGUCAUCAGUGUAUAGUGUAGAUUCAUUACAUGACUAUUUACCUACUAUCAUCUAA